AUGAAAAAAGAGUGGAAGCUUUAUGACCGCUUAAUGAGGCUUGAAACCGGACUCGGUGGGAUGAGAAGCCUAGUAGAUGCGUCGCCUAAGUGGUGGGAGGAGAAAAUAAAGGAGAAUAAAGAUUAUGCCAAAUUUAGGAACACAGAUUUGAGCACAUUAGAUGAGAAAUAUGCUACUUUGUUUCGGGAUUCUGUUGCCAUUGGAGAUCAGACUAUGAUUCCAUUACAAUUUCAAAACAAUAGCAAUCCAAACGAAGAAAAUAUGGAAGGCAAAGGAGAUAGUGAUGAAAUCAAUUUUGAUGAUGAUAAGCCUCUUUUUCCUAGUCUCCAUGAAAGUAGUUCAAGUAAAAGGAAGAGGAUGGAUAGUGAUGAUUCUAGUUCAUCCAAUGAUAAUGAAGAACGUGAAAUGGAAGAGGAUGGAGAAUUUGAAAUGUUAUGUGGAUUAGCUUUGAAAGGGAUAAUACUCGCUCAUAACUUACGUACACAGUUAUGCAUAGAUCUUGCUACAAAUUACGGGCUACAACAAACACAAAAUGUAUAUAUUGAGGAGUACGUAGGAAUAUUCUUGAUGACUUUGGCUCAUAGGUGUAGCAAUAGAUUUGUGCAAGAAUUUUUUAAUCAUUUGGGGGAAACGAUUCACAAGCAUUUCCAUAUAGUUUUAGAAGCCGUGCUAAAACUGAGUGCCGACAUCAUCAAGCCAAACGCAAACUAUAAUGAUGAUGUUCCCGAAUAUAUAUUAUAUAAGCCUCGGUAUUAUCCAAUGUUCAAGGAUUGCAUUGGUGCUAUAUAUGGGACACACGUCAAGGCAUCGGUUCCACAAAAAGAUGAAGUGAUGUACAUUGGUCGAAAAGGAUAUGCAACACAAAAUAUAAUGGUUGUUUGUGAUUUUAACAUGUGCUUUACAUUUGUUUGGGCCGGUUGGGAGGGAACUACACAUGAUACAAAAAUUUUUAGUGAAGCCUUACAGAGACCAGAUCUUAAUUUUCUCUAUCCAACGGGUGAUAAAUAUUACAUUGUUAAUGCUGGAUAUCCAAAUAUGAGAUGGUAUCUUGCUCCAUACAAAGGCACAAAUAUUCGUUAUCAUCUACCAGAUUUUUGA